ACAAACAGACGCCUCUCCUAGAGACCGGUUCUAUCUGGCGUUAUACCUCAAUUAGUUAACUGUUAGGCAAACAAAAACUUUGAUUUGAUUAAUACAUUCUUAUACCCAAGCCACAUGUUAGGGGGCAUUGUGGGGAAACAUCAAACACCUUAAUAAUGUCAAUUUUUCGCUAUUCACAGAAUAGCGGGGUAUCGAUUUGAUCAUAAUACACCAACAAGGAGAAGAACUACUGGUUCUGAUGGUCAGCCCUGGAGCUGAACAAGACUGCUCGGAGCAUAGAGUGAACAGCUGUCGAGCCAUCUCACCUGUAAGCAGAACACCACACAGUAAACCACCAAACAUGAACCUUGGCCGUUCUACUUUGCCACGCAUAUAGGUGAACGGUACUCCCGACCCAGUGAGGGGCAGAAAGGCAUAAGGAAAUAUACCAGGUUUACAUGAAUGAUGUCUCAACAACCCCAGCCGCCCAGUCAGGUACCGCAGGCUCCCGAUUCACCUGUAGUCGUAGUAUCUGGAAAUGUCCAAAAAUAUGCAAUGAAGAAAAAGAAGAUCCUUAAUGCUGAGGAAAGCGAGCUGUUUGAAUUAACCCAAGCAGCUGGUAUCACGAUGGACCAAGAAGUGUUUAAGAUCAUAGUGGACCUCUUGAAGAUGAAUGUUGCCCCACAAGCGGUGUUUCAGACAUUGAAAGCCAUGUGUGCGGGACAGAGGAUCGUUGACACCUGCGCGGCAGACGCGUCCAAAGCGUCACACCCAGCGGGUACCACCACAGCACCGACCACGGAGCACAGAGAAGAGGACACUACUUUGGUCCCUAGCAAGAGCUCUAAGCCUCCUGCAGCCGCGUCCUCGGCAUCAGGCCCCAGGGCCGCGCGGCUGGGCUCUAAGAUCGUGGUCUACGGCUCCCAAGACAAUAGCUCUUCUCAAGCAGUGCGUAGUAAAGCGGGCCAUAGCGAGAAGACGAGGGAGAGCUCCAGCCAGAGGGUGCAGCGGCCGCCCAGUGCCACCAGGGGGCAGAAGACCAAAAGUUCUGGCAGCAGUAGUUCCUCUUCACAGAUAGCUUCGAAUUAAAGUAUCAUGUCAAAUAACGCUGUAUUAACGCAACGGUCAACGGCGAUUGAUUUUAAAUCUAUUGUAUCUUUAUGGUUUACCCACUUACCCACUUACAUUUUUUGCCCUGUUAUCUUGGUCAAGUUGGUUGUUUCAAGGCUACAAUUGAAGGCGAACCCAUAUUAACACUGACAAUUAUUUUAACAUUGUUGUAUUUUUUUUGCCUAUAUACGUAUCUAUACCAAAUGUCAAAUAAAAAAUAUUUGUAAUUGAUAAA